GAAUACGUAACUUUUAGUACAAGUGUACAACAGACUCCACAACCUCUAAAACCCUAAAAACUCGUCCCCUCCACAUAUCGUGCCUCUUCCGCCCUUCUCAGUUUCUUGCGGGCUUAAAGUUUUGCAUACAUCAAGAAACUGAUUUUUUCCUCUUCCGUCAAGAUGCCGACGAUCAGCGAUGGUAUCACUAAAGCUGAAAAGAAGAUCAAGAACAGAGACCACAAGCGAAAGCUCGAAGACCCAGAGCCUGAACUCGUUGUAGAAUCCAAAAAGGACAAGAAAAAGAAGAAAGAAAAGGUCGAAACCCCCCAAGAAAUUGUAAAUGGAAACGAAAUUCUGAAUGGGUCAGACGAGUUGAGCGAGAAGAAGAAAAAAAAGAAACAAAAGAAAGAGGAAGAAGAAGAAGGAAUUAAGAACAAUGGCGGUGAAGUGGAGGAGGUUAGAGAAACCGAAGAUAAUGUUGUGGUCUCUGGUAAAGAUAUUAAUGAUUCAAAGUACAAAGCUUUGAGUUCCUUUUCAGAAUCUAAACUUUCUGAAGAAUUGCUAGAGUGUUGCAAGAAUUUCAAUAACCCUUCGCCAAUUCAAUCGAAUUCGUGGCCUUUUCUUUUACAUGGUCGUGAUUUUAUUGGGAUUGCUAAAACUGGGUCAGGGAAGACACUGGCCUUUGGGAUACCUGCCAUGAAUCAUAUUUUGAACAAGAGGAAAAACAAACCAACCAAGAAAGUGACUCCACUUUGCCUUGUACUUUCACCCACAAGGGAACUUGCCCAACAGAUUUUUGACGUUCUAUCUGAAGCUGGGAAACCCAGUGGGGUUCGAUCAGUUUGUGUGUAUGGAGGAACUUCUAAAGGACCCCAAAUUUCUGCUCUAAAAUCUGGCAUGGAUAUUGUUGUUGGAACUCCUGGUCGUUUGAAAGACUUAAUAGAAAUGGGAGUAUGCCAGCUACAAGAGGUCUCUUUUGUGGUACUUGAUGAAGCUGAUCGAAUGCUUGAUAUGGGAUUUGAACCAGAAGUCCGUUCUAUUCUUAGCAAAACAAGUUCUGUUCGCCAAGUUGUAAUGUUCAGUGCAACAUGGCCUUUAGCUGUGAAUCAACUCGCUCAGGAAUUUAUGGAUCCAAAUCCUGUGAAGGUUGUUGUAGGUUCGGAGGAUUUAGCUGCCAACCAUGAUGUCAUGCAGAUAGUGGAGGUUUUGGAAGAUCGAGCACGUGAUGAACGUUUAGUUACAUCCACAAGUCAAGAAGGAACAGAGUACUGGUUUUUGUUUUGUACAAGAAGGAAGCAUCCCGAGUUGAGAGUAUGUUGCAAAGAAGGGGUUGGAAGCUCUCCACUCCUGAUAGCAACCGGUCUGGAUAUUCCAGAUGUUGAAGUUGUAAUAAAUUACAGCUUCCCAUUGACCACAGAGGAUUAUGUCCACAGAAUUGGGAGAACAGGACGUGCUGGCAAGAAGGGUGUUGCACAUACCUUCUUUAUGAAGGAGAAUAAGGCACUUUCUGGGGAGCUGAUAAAUGUGCUUAGAGAAGCGGGACAGAAUGUACCUACUAACCUGUUGAACUUUGGGACUCAUGUCAAGAAAAAGGAAUCGAAGCUGUAUGGAGCCCAUUUCAAAGAGAUAUCUGCAGAUGCACCUAAAGCCACAAAGAUUACAUUUGACUCUGAUGAAGAUUGAUUCAAAUUUUGACCAAAAACCAAGUGUUCUUAAUAUAUUUUCUCAUUCGAAUGUUUCCUUUUCUUAUUUAUUUAUUAUGAGUUAUAGUUGGAUAAAUAUGAUGAAACUGCAACAUUACUAUCAGCUUGUAGUGUAUUUAUAUGAUCUGAUUAUUUAUGCAACGUUUUUGUAUCCUUAUUUA